CUGUUCAGAAGCUGCUGUCCAGACCUUAGUGUCGAACGUAGAAUUCGGGUCGGAGAAAGUUCCGGAGUGGAAGGGACCCCCGAGGCUAGCUCUGUCGGUCAGAAAGCCAGGAGCUCCUCACGGAGCAAGAUGCUGGUCAUCUUCCCCCAUCACGCGUGGGAGUGGAGCCCAGAGGACUUACAGAGGGGACGCCAAGGCCACUGAGAGGGAGGGGACAGGAGUGGGUGCAAGGGAGUCCUCCGAGCCAGCCAAGCCCGGUCCCCCUUCUGCACUCCAGUUUACAGAGUGAAACUCGAGCUGCGGGGUGGAUCACGCAGCCAGUUCUGGGGAGAGCCCCGCCCAGCCGUCCACAACUCCAGUUCAUAGGCUUCAUUUAUAAAUAACAUGUGUCAGUAACGUUUCCGCCAUUUAUGUGACGGGGAAGCGCAGCACGAUCGGUAACUGGGUCGUGGGAGGCUCAAUCGGUCCGCUUCAUUUCCUCCUUCCUGCCCCAGGGCUGCCUUCACCCGCCCACAGCAGCGCAGCGAAAGCCAGGACUUGAACUGACCCGAGUGCUAGGGUUUAAGCUGAGCCAAGGAACGGCAUCUUGGGGAGGAGGUGGGGUGGGGAGUUGCUCGAGCCAGUCAACCGGCCCUGACGAAGGUGAAGCCACCCUCUGCAUAGCCCAGCAUGUGUGGAGGAUUGGUGGAGAGGUAUGUGGCCGCCAUGGUGCUGAGUGCAGCUGGAGACGCCUUGGGGUACUUCAAUGCGAAGUGGGAGUUCCUGCGGGACGGGGAGAAGAUACACAAGCAGCUGGCCCAGCUGGGCGGGUUGGACGCCAUCGAUGUGGGAAGGUGGAGAGUGAGUGAUGACACCGUGAUGCACCUGGCCACUGCAGAAGCCCUGGUGGAAGCUGGCCCAGCCCCAAACUUGGCCCGACUGUAUUCCCUCCUUGCGAAGCAUUACCAAGACUGCAUGGAAGACAUGGGUGGCCGGCAGCCAGGUGGUGCCUCGGUGCAGAACGCCAUGCUCCUGGAGCCAGACAAGGUCAAUGGCUGGAGAAUUCCCUUCAACAACCAUGAGGGCGGCUGUGGGGCUGCCAUGCGGGCCAUGUGCAUCGGUCUCAGGUUCCCUCACCACAGCCAGCUGGACACGCUGAUCCAAGUGAGCAUCGAGAGUGGUCGAAUGACCCACCACCACCCAACAGGCUACCUGGGGGCCCUGGCGUCUGCCCUUUUUACGACCUAUGCUGUGAAUGGCAAGCCACCCGAGCAGUGGGGAAAAGGACUUAUGGAGGUGCUUCCAGAAGCUAAAAAGUACAUUGAACAGUCAGGCUACUUCGUGGAGGAGAACCUUCAACACUGGUCCUACUUCCAAAAUCAAUGGGAAAAGUAUCUAAAACUCAGAGGGAUCUUGGAGGGCAAAUCAGCCCCCAUCUUCCCCAAGUCCUUCAACGUGAAGGAACGGGAUCAGUUCUACACCUCCCUGAGCUACUCUGGCUGGGGUGGCAGCAGUGGGCAUGAUGCCCCCAUGAUUGCCUACGAUGCCAUCCUUGCUGCGGGAGACUCCUGGAAGGAGCUGGCCCACCGAGCCUUUUUCCAUGGUGGAGACAGCGAUUCCACUGCUGCCAUUGCCGGCUGCUGGUGGGGAGUUCUGCAUGGUUUUAAAGGAGUGAGUCCCUCCAACUAUGAGAAGCUCGAAUACAGAAGUCGACUGGAAGAGACAGCGAAGGCUUUAUAUGCUCUUGGGUCAAAAGAAGACACUGUCGUUACCCUUUAGAAGGGGGUGAUGUUCAUUUCUGGUGGUUUCUUCUUGUAUGUAGUCCCUUUUCUGCUCAAUUUCUCUUCACUUUUUUCCAAAGAUAAGAGUCUUACCCUUUUACUCAGGAAAUUUUGAGGUAACAAGUCCUUUAUGCACCUAACAUUCGGUAUUUCUAGACUCUUCUCUCUGAAUCCCACUCAUUCUCCUAUUCACGUUCUUCUUAGAAGAAAGAGUAUUUUAUCUCAGUUAAUGGAGUCAGCAUCCCCCACACUAGAAAUCUUUUUUUUUUUUUUUGAGAGAUUUUUACUAUAGGGUCCAUGUGCUCGCCAGGAAGACAGAGACAGAGUCAGAGAGUGAG